AUGAGGGCUCUGUUGCUGCUCAGUGCACUCUGUGGACUUUGUCUGUCCUACCCUUUGGAGAAACUGAACUUCGAAGAGGAAACACUUGCCCCAAAAACAACAUUCCCCCCGGGUCACAUCGUCACACACACAGAUAUUCUUGCCAGACUCGGUCGUCGGACUACUAAUUGUGAUUUUGGUAUCUGCCUAUGGCCGAAGUCCUCGGAUGGCAUUGUAUACGUUCCGUACACAAUCUCCAGUGACUACAGACCGAUAGACAUGGCAGUCUUUAGAUCCGUUUUCAAUGAUUUUGAAGAUUCUACCUGCAUUCGGUUCAUUCCUCGGGAGUCACAGAGGGACUUCUUAAGCUUUGAAGACAUUAGCGGAUGCUUCUCUUCCAUGGGCGUCACGGGAGGCUCACAGCUCGUCUCCUUGAAAAGACCGGGAUGCAUGUGGACGGGAGUCGUAACUCACGAGAUCCUACACGCCCUAGGUCUUCAUCACGAGCACGUCCGAAGGGACAGAGAUCAGCAUGUCACCGUUCAGUGGGACAACAUCCAGCCUUUUAGCAAGCAUAAUUUUGUACUAAGUGAUACCUACAACAUGGGCCUAACAAGCUAUGAUUAUCAGUCCAUCAUGCAUUAUUCAAGGACCGCUUUCUCAGUGGACGGCAAUCUCCCGACCCUAGUUGCUAUUCCCGAUAACAGCGUUGAGUUUGGACAACGAAUUGCAAUGACCACUCUGGACUACGAAAAAAUUAAUAAACUGUAUCAGUGCUCCCAGAAGGUAACCACCACUCAACCAACUACCACCACAACUACAAGAAGAUCUACCACAACCACCACAACCACAAGAACCACGACAACCACAAGAGCAAAGCAGCCUGUGCUUAUCUUCGGACAAGAGGCCAGCAAUGGUUGUGGAGGAAAAUUCACUGCGCCAUCUGGAGUCAUCGUGUCGCCUAAUUACCCCAAUAUUUACCCCAACAAUUUGGAGUGUAUGUGGAACAUCACCAGCCCUUUGAAGAUUACAAUCACGUUCACGGAUUUCGAUAUCGAGGAAAUGCCGACGUGUCUGUGGGACUCGGUGACCAUCUAUAACGGCCCCACCCUGACCAGCAACUACCUGUUUGACAGAUACUGCGGGAAGAAACUGCCUCCCGUAAUCGUCAGCUACGCCACGUCCCUUCUGAUUGUUAUGAAAACCGACGCACACGGUGAAAUAAAGAAAUAA